AUGGCAGACACCUCGCAGACUUUCACAACCUUGCCCAUCCUCCCCCUCAGCGCCGCCCUGGACCCCGCUACGAAACCACAGUUCCUACAAGACCUGCGCUCAGCCCUGUUGAACGUGGGGUUCUUGUAUCUGAGCGAGACGGGUCUGCCAGAGCAGUUGGUCCAGGAUGUGAUCAAGGAGUGUGGACAGUUUUUUGAGAAGCUGCCGAGGGAGGAGAAGGAGAGGAUCGAGAUGAAGAACGAGAAGAGUUUUCUGGGGUGGAGUAGACUCGACAACGAGACCACGGCAUUCAAUCCAGACCACAGAGAACAACUCGAUCUUUCAACUCCACAUCCCAUUCCAGGGCCAGACGCGCCGCUCUACCACAAUCUUCUUGCACCAAACCAAUGGCCUUCGCCGGAGUAUCUACCGUCCUUUCGACCAGUGUAUGAGGACUACAUACGUCGCAUGUCGCGCAUCUCCACGCUCUUCACGUCGUUGAUAGCAGAAGCUAUUGGACUUCCGUCUACCGCAUUUGAAAAAUUCUUCGAUCACGACCAGCAGCACAAGCUCAAGAUAGUCAAGUACCCAGAGGUCGAUGUGCCGGAUCUUCCAGCUGGGGCAAGCGAAAUGGAUCGGAAGAAGUGGGAGAUCAAGCGUCAGGGCGUUGGCCCGCAUAAAGAUAGUAUGCUGACCAGCUACCUGCUACAGGCUUCCAAUCAACUCGGUCUGCAAGCCCAAAAUGCAAAGGGCGAGUGGAUAGACUGUGCGCCCAUAGCUGGCACUCUUGUCGUGGCUAUCGGCCAAGGCAUGGAGGCUUUGACAGAUGGUGUCUGUGCGUCAACCACACAUCGCGUUCUUAGUCCACGCAAAGGCGAAGGUGCACGCUAUUCAGUUCCCUUCUUCCAGGGCGUGAGCUACGACGCACAAUUCGAAGCCAUGGACGUCCCUGAAGAAGUGCUGAAGCUCAGGGACGAGGCGAGGAAGAAGCGCAGGGACGACGUUGAGUUUACGUUUGUCAAAGGCAGAUGGGGACAUCUCGGCGAGGCUACGCUGAUGAACAGGAUCAAGAGCCACCCUGACGUUGGCGAACGGUGGUAUCCCAAGGAGCUACAGCAGAUACGCGCACAACAAGCAGCUGCAGCGAAGGCGUCGUCAUGA